CAACCCCGCCUUCCUCGAGGCUUGAGUGCAGAGCGCCAUUUUAGAGAGGCAAAGGAAGUUGUUUUGUGAAACAACUUCAAACGCUUGAAAGGGGAAGAAAGAUAACUAAUAUAAAGCUAAAUACUUUACGGGCUGUUACUGAUAAUUUCGUUGGUAAUACGUAGUCUAGAGAGAGCAUUUUCUGGAGCGAUUAUUUUGAAUCUGUUGUUGUCAGGAACAGCAGCAAGCGAAUCCGAGGUCAAAUUGGGCCUAUUUUAGAAGGAGGCAACGGUAGUUCGCAGGCUAGCUCACUGGCUGGUUGGUUAGCUUGCUAGCUAGGUAACUAUUCAUUUUCUGGUCACAGAAAAAGAAGCAGACGGGACGGUGGGACAAAUCCCUGCGGAGACCAUGGCAGACGAUUUUGACAUUGAGGCUAUGCUAGAGGCUCCAUACAGAAAGGAUGAGAUCAAGUCCUCUAGCGCUAAUGGACAUGAGGAGCGCAGUAGUAAGAAGAAAAAGAGGAGCCACAGUAGGAGUAGUCGGAGCCCGAGCUCUGACAAGCGCAGAAGCAAGAGCAAAGACAGGAAGAAGAGCCGGGACAGGAAGAGGAGCAAGAGUCGGGAGAAGAAACGCAGCCGCAGUAAGGAGCGCCGCCGCAGCGGCUCCCAUAGCAGGGAGCGUGCUGGGCGCUACAGAGGACGCCGCAGCCCCUUUUUGGGGCCGAAAUUUAACGGUGGUCCAGGAGGGAAGAUUGGCCCACCACAUGCCAACAAACUAAGUCGUAGGCGCUCAAGAAGUCGUAGUCCCUUCAAGAAAGACAAGAGUCCAGUAAGGCAACCAAUUGACAACCUGACCCCAGAGGAGAGGGAUGCCCGUACUGUGUUCUGUAUGCAGCUGGCAGCCAGAAUCCGACCACGAGAUCUAGAGGACUUCUUCUCUGCUGUGGGGAAAGUGAGAGACGUGAGGAUGAUCUCCGAUAGAAACUCCAGGAGGUCAAAGGGCAUCGCCUACAUUGAGUUUCUGGAGGCGAAUUCGGUCCCAUUGGCCAUUGGCUUGACUGGACAGAGACUUCUUGGAGUGCCCAUCAUUGUCCAGGCCUCUCAGGCUGAGAAGAACAGAGCAGCAGCAAUGGCCAACAACCUUCAGAAGGGUAAUGCUGGCCCCAUGCGGCUGUACGUGGGCUCUCUGCACUUCAACAUCACAGAGGACAUGCUGCGAGGCAUCUUCGAGCCUUUCGGAAGGAUUGAGAGCAUACAGCUGAUGAUGGACAGUGAAACUGCACGAUCCAAAGGAUAUGGUUUCAUCUCCUUUGCAGAUGCAGAGUGCGCUAAGAAAGCAUUGGAGCAGUUGAAUGGCUUUGAGCUGGCCGGACGGCCCAUGAAGGUUGGUAACGUGACAGAACGCACCGACUCCUCCACCGCCAGCUCCUUCCUGGACAACGACGAGCUGGAGAGGACGGGCAUUGACCUGGGCACCACCGGGCGCCUGCAGCUUAUGGCCCGGCUGGCAGAGGGUACUGGUCUUCAGAUUCCUCCAGCUGCACAACAGGCUCUACAGAUGAGUGGUUCCAUGCACUCCUCUUCAAUCCACUUCGGCAACAUGGCAGCUGGUACAGCUGUCGCCAACCCUGCCAUGAACCUGGGUCCAAGCAUGAACCAGGCCAUGAACCUCCCAACUCAACCACUGGCUACACACUGCCUACAGCUGUCCAACAUGUUCAGCCCACAGUCGGAAAAUGAGCCUGGUUGGGACAUCGAGAUUCAAGAUGACGUCAUGGAGGAGUGCAACAAACAUGGUGGAAUUGUCCAUAUAUAUGUCGACAAGAACUCACCUCAGGGCAACGUGUACGUAAAAUGCCCCACUAUCCCAACAGCGAUGGCUGCAGUGAAUGCCCUACAUGGACGGUGGUUUGCAGGUAAAAUGAUCACUGCGGCAUACGUACCCCUCCCAACCUACCAUAACCUUUUCCCUGAUUCGGUAACGGCCACCCAGCUACUGAUGCCUUCGCGGCGAUAGGUCUGCCAUGCAUGGAGUAGAUGUUGCAACACCUGUGGGCUUCAAAAUGUACAUAAUGUUUGCUAAUAUGUUGGGAACUUAUUUACCAGAGUAGCAAAAUACUGCACCAGUCCACCCAAUCUUCAUUCAGAAAUACAAAAGGUUUUGAAGGAUAUUUGUUUUAUUGUUCAAUCUGACAGCCAUCAGGCUGAGCUUGAGUUCUGUAUCCGCACAUUUCUGUUGGUGCACUUGAGCAAAUUACGUUGUGUGUUUCAACCUGCAUUGCGAUAAGGAGUUGUUAUACAGUGGAAAGUGGGUACUAAGUAGAUUUAAGUUGAAACUGACCACAAAAGAACCCAUUUUGGGGACAACCCCACCUAAUUAACCUCUGAUUCUAAGUGCAGUUUGCUCUGUCCUCAUCCAAUUACCACUUAUUGUACGUUUUGUCAUUCAGUUCAGCUUUAGAAAUUGAUUUGCCCAGUAAGUUUUUCAGUUAAUGUGUUAAAUGAAAAGAACAAUGCCUACAAACACCCAAAAACAGAUCUAUUUUUUUGUUGUUAACAACUUCAAGGUAUUCAUUGUGUUUGAGAUCACUAAGUUUUUAACAUUUGUAAUCAAGACUUGAUUUUGUAAAAACUCUUGAUUUAAAUUUACUAUCAAAAUAAGUGAUUUGGGUGGUUCAAUGUGAUGUGCAUUUUGUCUUGUUGACAUUGGAUUGUUUCAUCUGGAAUGAAGGGGGAUGUGAAAUAUGUGUUUGUAAUAAAAUCCUAGUUUACAACA